GAAGACGAGUGUUAUUACGACGGUGACGAUUUUUGUGUUAGUCAGGAAGACAUCCUGUCAGCAGAUCUUCUCCCGGGAAGUUUUUUACUGUCAAGUUUAAACGGAAAUAAAAAUGUUAAAAGUGGAGUUCAAGAAACAAUCAAUGGGACAUAUGAAGCGGCGUUCAAUCAGAUGAAUUAUCACAGGAAAAGGAUGAAUGAAUAUUUGUGUCACGGCUUUAUGGCUGAAGGGAUAUUCCAAGACAUGAGAUCGAUACGCGUUAAACGACGUCAAGAUUCAACCUCUUCAAAUUCAAUGCCUGAUUUUUUAGGAGAUGAAAAUGUGACGGUACAUGACAAGAUGUUAUCUGACGAGGGUAGCAGUAAAUACAAAGACUGGCUUCAGAGAACUACCACUCUGAAUGACGUCUACCGCCAUUAUGCUCCGAAAAAUAAAAUAUCAAAGAAAUUCGGACAAAGUUACGUCCACGGAAUCGAAGAAUUUGACGGCGAAGUAACGGGCUACGCAAUGCCUGCGCCCGUUUUUCCUGAUAAAAUUAGUCCACAUUACGAUUCUUCUGAUUAUGAUGACGUUAUCUCUUCUCCAACUGGGCAUUAUUACAGUCACAGUGGCCCUCCACAGCAUCAUUCUUCCCCACAUUACCCUCCUCCUCCGCCCCAGCAUCAUUCUCACCAUGAGGAUGUCGCCCCGGUGAUUCACGAAGAACAUCAUUAUCACGCUCCCAGCCACUUUGAGGAAGAAGUAGAGUACUGGCAUAAAGCUCCGCACCACAAAUCCAAGGGAGAUUUAUCAAUAAAAGAUUUUUUUGAAAUAGCGCUGACUGCCUUGGCAUUUUUGGCCUUUGGAUUGUUCAUUAUCCAACUUCUCAUGUCAAUUACAAAUUCCGGAACCACGACAGUUGUUACUGAAGAUCCAAUAAGGUUUCGACGAAACGCUCCACCGUAUCACAGCAAUGCAGAAUUGAACGAGCUUUCUCAUCGAGUUCUUCAGUCUAUUGAAGCAAUUAUGGUUGCUAACAGUGACUCGGGUCGUUGUCUUCGAUGGACUCUCCUAAAUUCCGGAACCACGACAGUUGUUACUGAAGAUCCAAUAAGGUUUCGACGAAACGCUCCACCGUAUCACAGCAAUGCAGAAUUGAACGAGCUUUCUCAUCGAGUUCUUCAGUCUAUUGAAGCAAUUAUGGUUGCUAACAGUGACUCGGGUCGUUGUCUUCGAUGGACUCUCUGCAGAGAUAACAGAUACUCUGUACAAACAGCAAGUAGUCAACGAUUAUGGCUACCAAUUUGGAGUUUGGGAACUAGUUGGAUAUCAGGUCAAAUUUUGAAACAAAAAACCUGGAUUGCAAUGUUUGACUCAAUUAAAGCGUCAAUUCUUGGAUUGGGUGGAUCCGACUGUUCUGCACUUUAUCCGGAGUGUGAUUUGCUCGGUGAGAGAACCAGACGUCGUCGGCGAAGAAGGAAAUAA